CAGUGGCAGUGGCAGGUGGCAGCAAAUGGCGACUUUCAAUGCGAAGGCUCUCCAAAUUCAAUUACCCGCCAUGUGAUCCAUGAAAAUUGUCUGACAUUAGAGCCCAGAAACGCUGCGAUUUGAAAACUCCAGUCAUUUGACAGUCAUUAAGUUAAACCACACACUCCAAGAAGGCCUUGAUUCUAAAGUUCCUUUUCACCAAACCAAACACACAAACAAAUCAAGUAUACCCGUGCGCUGGAAAAUAUUUAUAAAUAUAGCAAAGUUAGAGAGCACCUAACCCAGUUGAUCUCCCUGCCGAUGCCGCAAACUGGAUAUGUGGCGACCAGCUAAUUAUACACGCUAAUAGUAUUCCAGAAGAUUCUGCCUCAAGUUCCGGUUCGAGUUGCCUAGUUGCCCAUUGCAGAAUCCGAAUCGGAACCAAACCCAAGCAGCCGCAAUGACUACUUACAUGAAGAUAUUCGAGGAGCGCAUCUCCGGCCUGUCCAAGGGCGUGGAUGAGACUGUAGACAGCUGGUUCCUGAUGAGUUCGCCAGCGCCUGUGUUUGGUGUGGUUUUACUCUACCUUGCGUUUAUUCUGAAGAUCGGACCCGAGUUCAUGAAGAACCGCAAGCCCAUGGAUCUGAAGCGUAUCAUGGUGUUCUACAACGCCUUCCAGGUCUGCUACUCCAUUUGGAUGUGUCGCACGUCCAUCCAGGAGAGCAACGUGAUAUCCUCCAUCUUCUCGAAGAAGUGCGAAAUCAAUCGCACGCGUGAACAGAAUCUGGCUUUGUACUCGGGAGCCUGGUUCUACUUCUUCUCGAAGAUCAUCGACCUGCUGGACACGACGUUCUUUGUGCUGCGCAAGAAGAACAACCAGGUGUCGUUCCUGCAUGUCUACCACCACACAAUCACCGUGCUCUUCUCCUGGGGCUACCUGAAGUACGCGCCCGGCGAGCAGGGCGUGAUCAUUGGCAUCCUCAAUUCGGGCGUGCACAUCAUGAUGUACUUCUACUACAUGGUGGCGGCCAUGGGACCCCAGUACCAGAAGUACCUCUGGUGGAAGAAGUACAUGACAAGCAUCCAGCUGAUCCAGUUCGUCCUGAUCCUCGGCUACAUGCUGGCCGUCGGCGCCAAGGGCUGCAACAUGCCCAAGACACUCACCUUCUUCUUCGUGGGUAACACCGUCAUCUUCCUAUAUCUGUUCGGCAACUUCUACCGCAAGACCUACAACAAGAACAAGGGCAUCGAUGGCAGCUCCCGGACCGGCAGCAGUCUGGCCCAGUCCGCACUCCGCGCCGCCGGCGGCAUGGGCUGCAUGCCCACCCAGACCCAGAUCACAAGCCAGAGUCAGAGCCAGAGCCAGAGCCAGAGCCAGGUGCAGCCGGCCAAGGCAUACAUCGAUCUGAACAACAACAGCGUGAAGCCGCUGAAGGUGGAAUGAGCGCGAGCCCCCGUUUGGUUGGGUUUCAGUUUAGCAAUUAUUGUUUUGUAGAGCGGGGCUUUAGUUUAGUUUGUAGUGUAUCUUAAUCUCUAUAUCUACGCAUCUGUAGCAGGCACAACGUACUAUCUACGAUGUAUGUAUAAUGUUUAUGCCGAGCAGCCGAAGAUUACAACCCAAAAAAUAGCUAGGAUCGUAAGAGUGUGCCUGAUCUGAUUGUGGACAGUCUGACUGAGUAUGUGUUAAUGUUUUCCAGAGUUUGAGUUUGAUUUUGCGUUUGAUUUUGAGUGUGCGAGUGUAAUAGAGUUUUUAUUAAUGAAAUGCAGCCGUAAAUCGUUUCUCGAAUUGUCAUCUCGGAAACAAGAAAAAUUGAAUAAAACUUUGAUUUUUUAUCUUUAACAAAA